AUGGAUGAAGAAUUGUUUAUUAUUCAUAGUCAACACGAUAAACCUUCGUUACCAAUGGUCGCAUUUUCAAUUAAUCCAUCAAAAAAACUUACGUUUAAUGAGACAAAUUUUGUUAAAUGUUUGAAAGAAUGUGGUUGGAUUAUACCUGCUUAUACAUUGGCCGCUAAUGCGAAUGAUAUUACUGUUUGUAGAAUUGUUGUACGUGAAACUUUUACCAGACAUAUUGCUUCAAUUCUUAUCAAAGACAUUCGAUUAAUACUAAUUCGAUUGGCUGAUGAACAUGGACAUGAAGAUUCAGUUAAUUCAUUAAAAGCAGCGCAUAAUAGUAAACAUCAUCAUCGACGAUCAACUCAACAUCGACAAAAAAUCGAUAUAGGUGUAUGA